GAAUGCAUUUCGGAACAGCCUAUGGCGAGCGGAGUUAACUUUUUGGGGUUUCACGGGCUGAAAAAGAACUUCAGAAGGGGGUGUUCGUUCAUUGCAGUCUUGCCGGCGAAGUUCCACGUCUACAGAUCUCUACAGACGCCCCUGGGCAUACGACGUGGUGCCCACAAAACAGUAGGCUAGACAGAAAAAAGAAUAGAGAAGGUAGGCCACACUGUGUAGGGAAUCACUGCUAGAAGGAGGGGAUCUGGCGGCGCCUGUUAUCCAUCCCACCUCAGUCGGAUCUGGAAGAUGAUAACGCACACUUUUACGCACACGAUGAUUUUAUUACCGUUUCUCAUAGCGUUUGUUUCUUGCAACGCUCCACCAGUGCCAACCGAUGACAUUAUAAUUGAGAAGACUUUCACGCCAGAGCAAUGCAUACGCGCAGUGAAGAGCGGCGAUUAUGUGAGGUACCAUUAUAACGGCAUGUUUCCGGAUGGGAAGAAGUUCGACUCCAGCUAUGACCGUGGCUCCACCUAUAAUGUGUUUGUGGGCCGGAGACAGCUUAUCGCAGGGAUGGACAAAGCGCUCCUGGGAAUGUGUGUGAAUGAACGUCGCCUGGUGAAAAUUCCACCACAGCUAGCCUACGGAGAGGGCGGAUACGGUGACGUCAUCCCUCCUAACUCCAUCCUGCACUUUGACGUGCUGCUGCUGGACAUCUGGAACUCGGAUGACCAGGUGCAGGUCAACACCUACUACACGCCGGAGGACUGCGGACGCAAGGUGCAGGUCUCAGACUACGUACGCUACCACUACAACGGGACCCUGCUGGACGGAACCCUCUUUGAUUCCAGUCACACGCGCAUGCGUACCUAUGACACCUAUGUGGGCAUCGGCUGGCUGAUUGCGGGCAUGGACCAGGGCCUGCUGGGCAUGUGUGUCGGGGAGAGGAGGUUUGUCACCAUGCCUCCAUCCCUUGGCUACGGAGAGAACGGAGAUGGCAGCGACAUCCCUCCUCAGGCCUCCCUGGUGUUCGACGUGGUUCUGUUGGACCUGCACAACCCUAAAGACGACAUCGCUGUGGAGGUGCAGCACCUACCAGAUCCUUGCCCCCGCAAGAGUGUCGUCGGCGACUUCAUGAGAUACCACUAUAACGGCAGCCUACUGGAUGGCACCUUCUUUGACUCAAGCUACUCAAGGAAUCGUACCUAUGACACCUAUGUUGGUAAGGGCUAUGUCAUCUCUGGAAUGGACCAGGGACUGCUCGGAGUGUGUAUCGGAGAGAAGAGAAGAGUCAUCAUUCCUCCCCACCUUGGUUAUGGAGAAGAGGGCACAGGUUCAAAGAUCCCAGGCUCUGCUGUGCUGGUGUUUGAUGUCCAUAUUAUCGAUUUCCAUAAUCCAUCCGACACCGUUACAGUCACCAGCACCAAGAAGCCAGAGUCUUGCUCCACCACCACUAAAAACGGAGACUAUGUCAAAUACCACUACAAUGCCAGCCUUCUGGACGGCACAGACAUAGACUCUACCUACCGGUACGGGAAGACAUACAACGUGGUCCUGGGCGCGAAUCAGGUGAUCAUCGGCAUGGAGCAGGGGCUGAUGGGAAUGUGUGUGGGAGAGAAACGUCGCCUGGUCAUCCCCCCUCACCUGGGCUACGGGGAGAGGGGAGUGGAUGGUGAGGUGCCGGGCAGUGCAGUGCUGGUAUUUGAUGUGGAGCUGAUGGAGCUGGAGGAGGGGCUGCCAGAGGGCUACAUGUACAUCUGGAACCAGGACGUCUCCCCAGACCUCUUCGUAGAGAUGGACCGCAACAAAGACGGCAAGAUCGACGCCACCGAGUUCUCGGACUACAUCUUCCUCCAGGUGAACGAAGGCCGCGGCCGCCUGGCUCCCGGCUUCGACCCGAACCGCCUGGUGGACAACAUGUUCUCCAAUCAGGACCGCAACAAGGACGGCGUCAUCACGGAGGCGGAGUUUAAGCUGAAGGCCGACGAGUCCCCCCACGACGAGCUAUGAGAGCCUAUCCAAUCAAAGGCCAGGGCAGGGGCGGACAUCCUGGGCUCAGAAAGUGAAAAAAAAAUCCCUACCACAUAUUUCCUCCAGCCAAUCUUAUGAACCAUCAGAUCCAAUGAGAGUACAUUAUAACUAAUAUACAAUUGAUGAUCUGAUGCCUUCAGUCAGGUUGGUGAGUUAAUUAGUGAAAUGGCCUGGGUUAGCAGCAUAGAUAUGAGCGCUAGGUACUGUUUUCAGCCUAUUAGCGUGGCCCAACUGUGGGAGCCACUGCUGUUUUGGACUGGUACCAUGUUUUUCAUAGAUGUUGUUUUACCGCCACCUACAUGGUAAUGCACAUAUCGCCGUGUCACUGGCCACGUUCGUGGUGGAACAUUGCUCCUUUUGCUGUGCAUCGCGCAUGGGCACUUUGCCAUUUCAAUGCAUUCUGGUUAGAAAAUUGUAACCAAAAUGCACUGAAAUGGCAAAGUGCACAUGUGUGCGCUGCACAGCAAAAGCAGCAAUGCGCCAUAAUGAACGCGGUCAGUGAUUGAUAGCAGCAUUGUACCCGCUAAACAUGGUGGCGGUCUAACCUGAUCCACUCUUUUCAAUGUAAAGGAGUGGUCAAGGCAGUAUCUAGUGUUCAUAUCUAUGGCACAGGCAGAUGGGCUGCCUAGCGGGACUUUUACUUUCUCAGUCCAGUUUGUCCCCCCCUGUCAUAGGUCAAAGGUCAACACACAGCCCAGGUGAUGAGUGCCGCUACACGAAGCAUGAAAGAGAUAACAGUUCUCGGUGUUGCAGAUUUAUACUUGGAUAUAAAUUUUUUUUAAAUGUCAGAUGUUGUUGCAUACCCUGAUCGGGUAGCAAAUAUAAUUCACCGAAGUUGGCGCAGAGAUCACGUUUUACAGUUAUAUUAUUUUUAUUUCGUCUUUGUGUUGAUGUUGGUGAUAAGAAGAAAUAACGAAAGCCUCAAGCACUGCAACACAUGUCGACAUUCAUCUUGUUUUUUGUGGUGGAGCGACACUCUUCACCUGAGCUAUAGGUUGACAUAUAAGGGGGGUUCAAGAGAAUAGAGGAUAAUGGGAGGGUUUAACAGAUGUCUGUGGUUGCAUGUGGUUGUGUGUGUGUGUGUGUGUGUGUGUGUGUGUGUGUGUGUGUGUGUGUGUGUGUGUGUAUGUACAGUAUGUGUGCGUGUGUGUGCGUGCGUGCGUGUGUGCACAUGCGUGUGUGUGUGUGUUGUUUGUGUGUGUGUGUGUGUGUGUGUGUGUUUUGCGUGUAUCUAUCUAUGUAUAGUGGGAUGUUUGAAAUGAUGCAACAGACUGUGAGUGAUGGAGUUGUGUUUUUGCUGUUAAUUUUUUUUUAUAAAUAAAUUCAACCUUUUCCAA